UAUACUAGCGUGUGUGUGUGUACUAGUGUGUGUGCACGCGCACUAGUUUGUGUGUGCACGCGCGCGCAAGUGUGUAUCCAUCUCGACCCUCACAGCUUUCAACCUGAAUCAUAGCAGAAAGAAGAGGGGAAAAUGGACGGAGUGGGGUCUUUCGGCGCUGGAAGAGCUGGGGCUGAAUUCGACCUCAUCUCUUUUAUACAACAGCCGCAGACCAUUCUCAGGAUAUUAGCAUGGAUUUUCUCAAUGGUGGUAUUUGGCUCCAUAAUAAACGAAGGCUAUAUUAACGUCGGAAGUGAGAUUCUACAUUGUGUUUUCAACAAGAACAAUGAUGCCUGCAAUUACGGUAUCACCAUUGGGAUCAUAGCCUUUUUGGCAUGCAUCUUUUUCUUCAUCCUUGACAUGAAGUUCCAACAAAUCAGCAGUGUUAAAGACAGGAAGAAGGCAGUCUUGCUGGAGAUUGGAUUUUCAGGUUUGUGGACGUUCCUGUGGUUUGUUAGUUUCUGUUUCUUGGUGAACCAGUGGCAGCGCACCACACCAGACGAUCUGCCAAUGAACCAGGGAGCUGAUGCAGCUAGAGCUGCCAUAGCUUUCUCCUUCUUCUCUAUCUUCACCUGGGCUGGUCUAACAGUGAGAGCAGUGCAGAAGUAUCUUCUGGGGACAGACAUGUCUCUUUUCACCACAGAACAUGUGGAUGGAAACCAACCUAUCCAGCCGUUCCCCACCAUACCUGCCACAGAGCCCACCGAUGCGUACCAGAGCCCACCUUUCACUGAGAAACCGGACCCCAACGCCCCGACUUACCAGGUGCCGAUUUACUAGAGGAGCCGAGAGGUUCUGGCCUUUCUUCAAGAUGACGUGGUGUGACAGUGUUCAUAGGUAGUGCUGUGCUGUGACCUUCUGUACAAGAGUUUGUCGAUUGUGACUUUUUUUUAUUUCACUCGGGCCUAUAUGGAUAGUUAAACAUUAAUUUACGGGUUGAAUUGAAGAAGAAAUUAAAUAAGACGUCUCUUCUAUGUAUGACAGGAUUUAUUCUGGUCCAUCUAGGUCACUAAAACAAGGAAAUGUCAGCUGUGUAUUUGAAGGAAAUAAAAGAACCUAAAAACAGCGUGAUAUAAAAUAUCAAGGCUGUUUUACCUUUGGGCGAGAAAAAUAUGCAUGUGCAACAUAUUCAGAAAUUGUUUAACUGUCAUGCAUCAAAGAUACCUUGAAACUUUACAUUGAGUGUUUAUGUGGAUAUAAAGUGCAAUAUUUAAAAGUUACGUAUUACGUAUGAAAGUAGUCUUCAGAUUCUAUUAAAAUAUGUUUACCAGUAACAACCUGCCAAAUUGUAGGUUAGUGUGCAGUCUCGCACAGAUGGAAAUGCCAUCGUAGGUUUUCUGUACUGAAAGUCUUCAGUGUUUAGAGGAAGCCGAUCAAGUUUAUGCGUCUGUAUCAAGGACACCCCGUCCAGUGUUUGUUCAAGGUUUCUUUACUAGGUGUGAACAAAACAAAUGGUCUACAAUCAUAAAAACAGAGGUUUAAUAACUGCAACUGUAAAUCAUACAGUUGAUGCAAAAAUACAACAACUCACAUUUGUUACAACAAACUCUUAGCCUCUUAAGAGAAAAACAUGCAUACAAUAAAACCGCAGUCAUGAAAGGACGGGAUGAAAACAAUCACACGCUCAUGUUAAUAAAAGAAAAACCUUUGUCUUAGGAAAAAAGAACAUAAAGCUUUGCUGAACGGAAUGUUGAGGAAUCAUUAAAAAACAUGAACUGAACAGUAGAGUUUGUAUUUAAGUUGUGAAAAUGAUGUCGAUGUUUAAAAUGUUUGGUGACCAUCAGUGCUUCAUCUGAUAUGUAGUAGGAUACCACUAAUGUUUGUGUUCUCAGAUAGGAAAGCCUACAAAAUGAUACUGACUGUAAUUCAAUACAUGACGUCAAUGGAGUGUUUGUGAGCGUGAUCGGGGGUUUUUAUGUUUCAUGUACCAACACUAGAAAAGAAUUUACCAGACCACUGUUUAUGUACCGGUUGACUCACGUUUAUUGUGGCAAGGGAAAAAAAAAAAAGAAAAAAAAAAAGAAAAAAAUGAUGUCCACUCAUGUACACAAAAAAUAAUGUUUACUUGUGUGGGGUUUUUUUUCCUUUUCUUUUAACCCUCUCAAGUGCAACCUAUGCACAAGACAUGCAGGCUUAUAAAUACGGCCUGUACACGAAUGGUACAUUCUAGUGUAACCUCUGGCAUCAUAUCCCAUGUUGAAUGUUUAAAUGCUGUACACAAAAGACUUACUGUUUUCAAUUCAAUGUGUCUGGACUGCAGUAAUCGUCAAAAUAAAAAGAUAUGGUUUUUUUUCAUGAAGAGUCUGUGAAACUUUCACAAGCAUGUUCAUGUAAAAAUAAUGAGAAUAAUAAAUACAAUGUUUUUAAGCA